AUGAUGACCACAAGGCCACUGCACGCAGUCUUAAGGUACCCAACGCAUCUUAGAUCAAGCCUGGUUUGGCAAUGUAGCCGCUCCUACCAUUCCUACGAGCACGAAGCUCCUUCACCCUUCAACCCAACCGAAGACGCCAUCCUCUCCGCUGCCCUCGCCCACGUCCCAACCCACGGCUUCACCACCACUGCUCUCACUCAUGGCGCACGAGAUGCCGGCUACCUUGACAUCUCUACCAAUCUCUUUCCGACCGGAGCCUUUUCCAUCGUGAACUUCCACCUCGUCACCCAGCGUCUCGCCCUCGCCAAACAUGCCUCUUCCCUUCAACCCCACGCUGACAUCACCACCAACGUCCGAAGCCUAGCGCUCCACCGGUUACACGCCAACAAGCCCAUGGCACAUCGCUGGCAAGAAGCCCUCGCUCUCCUAUCAACCGCCCGCCACAUUCCCACUUCGCUCCGAGAACUCGCCCUCCUGUCAGACGAGCUCCUCUUCCUGGCCGGUAGCACUACCGUGACUUCGGCUUGGUAUACCAACCGUGCCGCACUUGCUGCGAUAUACGCUGGUGCGGAGCUGUUCAUGACGCAGGACAAGUCCGAAGGGUUUGCAGAGACGGAGGAGUUCUUGACGCGGAGACUGGAGGAGGGUGAGAAGGUACGCGGCGGGCUCGAUAUGGUCGGAAAGUGGGUGGGCAUGCAGGCGGGAGGGUUGGUGGAUGGGUUGAGGAGCAAAGGUGUCUGGAUAUAG